UUUUUCGUUCACAUCUGCGAUGAACCAGCCAGGACAACAAACUACAAAUGCUGGUGGCAGCUUCGUACCUGCACCGCGGCAGGAUAUGGAAUACAUUUGCGCAGACUGCGGCGCCAAGAAUGAAAUAAAGUCCAGGGAACCUAUACGUUGUCGUGAGUGUGGUCAUCGUAUCAUGUACAAGAAGCGGACCAAGCGGAUGGUUCAGUUUGAAGCCCGGUAAUGUCUCCCGGUUGCGAAACGAAUGUCAAAGUUGUUGCGAUUAAGUUGAUUACUAUACAGUAUAAGGAUAGACACCUGACAUUGACGACCUCGUUACCACCGCCCAAGCCGCUUGAACCAUACAUUCAGGAAGCAAGUGACCACCAGCCGAUCUAACAUUGCGCUGGCGCGUGGGGUCACUCUUAGUAUCCUCUCGUGAUUCGACCACGAUGCAAUGUAUUUGUCUUGUGAAUCGAUACACUGUUUUUGUAUGGGCACGUUA